ACGUUAGAUGUGCGCGUACGGAUAGUUUCUGGCGGGUUGCGAUAAGCAUCGCGGGGUUGAUAAAAUCGCGGGUCCAUCCCAGUUCCACAUCACCAUAUCAACACCAACAAAGCUUUGACGGCCAACAAUUGGCAUCAUACAAUAAUCUACACACAUCUCAAGAACACUCAAUCAAACUCCACCACCACACAAUAUCUAAGAACUUAGAAACACAUCACAAACACAAUGACCACAGGACCCCCCCUCCCAAUCCGCGACCCAAAAACCGUCCUCUCCUCCCUCCUCACCCUCACAGAAACCCGCAUCGUGCCCCUAACAGCCCGCGGCGUCUCCUCCGGCUCAAAACUCUUCGGCGCCGCCAUCCUCUCCUCCUCCGACGCCCUCACCCCCUACACAGUCUCCACAAACGACGAACGCACCUCCCCCCUCCUCCACGGCGAAAUAAACUGCAUCCAAACCUUCUUCACGCGCGACUUCCCCGACCCGUCCACCCGCCCCUCCCCGCGCACCGACUGCGUCUUCUUCGCAACCCACGAGCCCUGCUCCCUUUGUUUAUCGGGCAUCGCCUGGUCCGGCUUCCGGGAGGUGUAUUACCUCUUCACGUACGAGGACAGCCGCGAUUUGUUCGCGAUCCCGCACGAUAUCAAUAUCUUGCAGCAGGUCUUUCGCGUGCCCGCCGAGGGGGAAGACGAGAGUGCGUUGGGGAGACGGGAGCUGUAUAACCGGACGAACCAGUUCUUUACGGCGCGGAGCUUGGGGGACUUGGUGGAGGAGAUUAAGGACGAGGGAGAGAGGGCUCAUUGGAGGGGUGAGAUGGAACGCGUUAAAGGGUUGUAUAACGCGUUGAGUGAGACGUAUCAGGAGGGGAAGAAGGCUGGGGCGGAGAGUUCGAGCGUGUGGAAGUAGAGUAGAAAGCGGCGGGUUGAGUUGAUUCGUCAAUGGGGGUGUUGGUUUACGGAUACCUACUUGGGACUACUUACUGCUCGAAGUUUCGAGUCCGCGUUGAUGGUGCUGGCAGUGGCUGGGAGAAUCGACGCCGGUGAUGGGGCCGGGCUGCUCCCAUGGUCGAGGACCGAGCUGGCGUCGUUGUCUAGCAUCGAUAUGGAAUGCCGCCGGUGACGACUGGUGUUCAGCUAGAGCAUUAGAGAUACCACUAAGAAAGACUCGUUCCCAUAUUCAGCUAC